GCAAUUCGUAUAUAUUGACGUCACUCAUUGAAAGUUUUUGGGUGGUGGAUGUACUGAUAUUAAAUUCUGGUAUUUAAUUGAAUCAGAUUAAGAAGGAUAACUCUCAAUUUUUAAUUAAAAAGCCUAGAGUAGAGCUAGCUAGUUAGUAUGCCUCUCUUUGGUAAAUCACAGAAAAACCCACAAGAGCUAGUUAAAGGGCUGAAAGAUGCUCUGCAGACAUUACAAAACCCUAGUAAAGAUAAAGACUUAAAAAAGGCAUCAGAUGAUGUAACUAAAAUACUGGCUAACAUGAAGGUCAUGUUAUAUGGAACAGCUGGCUCUGACCCACAACCUGAGAACGUCGCCCAACUUUCAAUGGAGAUAUACCAGGGUGAAGUUCUCAAAAUGAUGGUAGAAAAUUUGGAGAAGAUUGAUUUUGAGGGAAGAAAAGAUGUGGUACAGAUUUUCAACAAUCUAUUACGUCGUCAGAUUGGAACACGUUCACCGACUGUAGAAUAUAUCUGUACUCGUAAAGAUGUAUUAAUAGCUCUCAUGAAAGGAUAUGAGACACCAGAAGUGGCUUUAAAUUGUGGUAUGAUGUUACGAGAAUGUUGCCGUUACGAGGCCCUGGCUAAACUCAUGUUGAACUCGGAAGAAUUUUAUGAUUUUUUUCGAUACGUAGAAUUAUCAACAUUUGACAUUGCUUCUGAUGCCUUCUCCACAUUUAAGGAAUUGUUGAUAAAACAUAAAAUGUUAUCGGCAGAAUUUUUAGAGAAUAAUUAUGAUCAGGUUUUCCACAACUAUCAAUCUCUUCUAAACUCAGAAAAUUAUGUCACACGACGACAAGCUUUGAAGUUAUUGGGUGAAUUGUUAUUAGAUCGUCACAAUUUCACCACCAUGACCAAAUAUAUCAGUAACCCAGACAACCUCAAAUUGAUGAUGAAUAUGUUACGUGAAAAGAGUCGUAAUAUUCAGUUCGAAGCCUUCCAUGUUUUCAAGGUGUUUGUAGCCAACCCCAACAAACCCAAACCCAUCUUAGAAAUACUGUUACGGAACAAAGAAAAACUUGUGGACUUUCUAGCUAAGUUUCAUACGGAUCGAUCCGAAGACGAACAAUUUAACGAUGAAAAGGCUUACUUAAUUAAACAAAUAAAGGACUUAAAAGCCCCGGAGGAAUCUUAACAAUAGCUUAAUUAUAUAAUAAUACAUAUAUAUGCCGAGUUAUAUCUGUAAUAUAUAUAUAUAUACAUAUAUAUAUAUGUAUGCAGUUGAGUCGUCGUCUCUCUUCGUUUGUGAAUUCAAGACGUCGUUUUCUAGGUUCUAAAAACAAAAAAAAACUCACCAUGUAGACUCGCCUGAUGUAUGUGACACACAAUUUUUAGACACAACCUUCCAGUUUCUUCCAUCGUAUGCCUUUAAUUGGAAGUUCAUUUCCGAUGUGAUUUUCGUGGACGGUCCAAUAUUUUAAACACUGUUGUUAUGUUGAGUAGAAGCAAGUUUUGAUGAAGAUUUCUGCUUCGGAGAGUUCAUGCAGCAACGCUACGAUGAUACACAGUAUAUCAGGAUUGUUGUACAUGCAUAUAUAAUAUAUCUAGAUGUGCAUUAUCAGAAUUUGAAAAAAAAAUGAAGGGACACUUAGCUUGUGUGAAGAUAUUUUUUAUUUAGCUUUAUUCUUAACUGAAAUUCACAGUUAUUGCAAACACUCCAAAAACAUUCAUUUCUUAAUGUGGAAAAAUUAUCAGGCUAUUGAACCAAGUGGAAAUUGAACAACAGGAUAAGAUAAAGCUUCUGUUUUAACAUAUUUGCAGCGUUUAGUUCAUUAGUUUUAGAUACAGGUAACUACCAACUUCAGGGAUUUUACCCAAAGUGGCAUCUUCUCAGUGAAAGAAUUUAAAACCGACAUUGAGAUAGACCCCAAAAGAGUUUGGAAUAACCCCCAGAGGGACAGAUUGGCAUGGUCCAUUUUAUUGAUUGCAGUGAGAUAAAAAGUCCAAGAAGUAUGUUUAUUUCUCUUAAUCUUGUUUUGUUAUUGCAAUAACCAAUGUGUGAACUGCAGCGACUAAAUUCUUUGCCUACAUAUUCUUAUACUUGACAAUGUUUGUGGAUUCUUUUUAUUGUGAAAAAUAAGAAUCCUGAAAAAAAAUAUUCGGCAGCUUAAUCUGUAAAGAACUGAAGUACCAAAAUCAUGGCAUUGAGAAAUAUUUAAAUGGUUCAAGAUAAAUUCAUCAACUGUGCAUUAUUAAUCGGGGGGGGGGGGGGAGAAUAAAAAUAGCUUAGCCAAUGACAGAAGCUGGAGCUAAAGUUAUAACCAAUGAGGUGUAGACCAACCAAAGUUAAAUUUGGAACUAAAGAUAAAAUUUUAAUGAGAUUGGUUUUUUUUAUUGAUCCGUUCUGCUCCACUAACCCCUUGAUCCACACUGCCUUUCAUGAUUUCAUUGGUCAGGUUGAUGCUAUGAACCAAUCAAAAAACACAUUACAAACCCAUCUUGGUGCCAUUGUUUGCAUUCACAACAAUAUGAUUGCUUGUACCCUCGAUUAUGAGAUUUAAUUUAAUAAGCAAUUUAAUAUUAAAGAAUGGCAUGCAGACAGUGUCCAGUUGUUAUGCUAUUACUGACUACUUGCUUUCUAUUUAUCAAACUUCUUGAGUGGUCGUUGAUUACCAAGGGUGGAUAAUGUGAAUAGGUAUCUCCCCUGUGAAUGGACAGUGUUGAGUAGAACGGAUUGAUACCGCAGAUGACAAUCUUUUAGAUUAGGUAGAACCUGGGUUUUCAAUAAAGUCUUAUUUACUUGUUGAAUACUGCCUCGUAUUGAAUUUCAGCUUUAAAAUGAUAUCAUUUGUACUAAAUUGAUAUUUUUCUGAACGAAAGCCCAAAAAACAAUUGGGUUAAAAAUUGCUAUUUUCUGUGCAUUAUUCUGGUAAAAAUAACAGUUAUAAGUUUCGACCAGCCAAAGUUUUGAUUGAGAUCCAUGUUGUAAACUGUAGUCUGUAAGGUUUUGUUAAUGUUUUUGUUGUUUUAUUUCCCUUGCUGAUUAUGGACCAGGAACAGGACUUCAAGCACUACUCAUCUUGUUAUUCUGGAUCUUGGGGGGGGGGGGGGGAGUGCUUUGUGAUAAAAGCCUUAGGCUCCAUCAAUUCAAGUAUGAACUACAUGCUUGUUCCUUGUACAAUUGUACAUUGAUUGACACUUCCAUUUCUGAUAUGACGCCACAAUUCCAAGAUGACGGUGAUGACAGCAUGCUUAGUUCCUAGUCCAUAGAAUGCUUGUACUUGUACAAUAUAAAUGUAGUUCCUUUUGCUAUUUUUUAUUUGCCUGUAUAUUAUUGGAAUGUGGAGGUAUGUUGUUGCCAGUGUCCGAUGGUCUGUUGUCAACAAUUUAUUCUGAAAUUGUGAACACUGUAAAGACUAUAUUUAUCAUCCGGUCUUUUUUAACAUUUAUGUAUGUUUAAAUGAGUGAGACAAAGAAGCCAAUUGCAUUUUAGUGAUUUCUUAUAACUUCCAGAAUUAUUGCUCUUGAUCACUUUUUAGAAUCUUGUGAAAUAUCUAAUGACAAAAGUGCUGUUCAGAUUUGUUGGAAAUUUAUAUGCUUUAUUGAGAUUAAUGAGAAUUGUAUUGAACUUCUGAUAAUUAUUACUUGUAAUAGAGUUAUGGCCCUUGAUUAUGUCACAUUAGUGAUGCUCGAUUGAAGAUUCCAGAAUGUAAUUCACACCACAACACCACACAUCAUUUGUCGGGACUGUCAGAACUGUGACACGAUUGCAAUUCGGUCAGUUCAGAUCGUUUCGGACUGACAAUUGAGCAUCCCCUCAAUCUUUGUCGUUUUCGUUCGUUGAGUUUUAAGUCCAUUUCCACUAAGAGUGAUAUCGUAGACAAGAAUCUUUGUCUGUGUACCACUGAUGUUAUAGUGUGCUGGUGUGUGGUCAGCAUUUACAGCAUGUCUCUACUGUGAUGUGGAUUUUAGCACUUUGUAAGACUUGUUUUUUUUUUGUUAUUAUUAUUAUUACCGGUAUUAUUAUAAAGUAUAAGGAUUUUGCUUUUUAUUGACCUAAAGAUUCACAAUGCGACAAUCGAAGUGUAGAUUUAAUUCUUUUUCAAGCUUUUAUAGCUCAUUAAAAAUAUCAGUACCUGCCAACCCCCAUCCCUCUGCUGUAUUGGGAUAGAAUUAUUAACAUACAUGUUUCUAUAAAAGGAAAAACCCCACCAUUAAAGGAGGCAAGUCUCUAACUCAACAUCAGCCACUGUCUUCUGACAUUGCAAACACAACUGAUUGGUCAAUUUAAAUCAACAUUGAUGUUAUCUUACUGUGAAAAGAUGGGCUUCUGAUAUCCAAUAUUUAAGACAAAAUAAACCUUUUAAAAUUGACACACACAUCGCAUUCCAGAAUGCUUUUGAGUGCCAUCUUGGUGAACAAGGCUAAACAUAUCCCACAGGAGAAUACCAGUGUAGACUGGAAUAACCAGACAUCAAUGACUGCCAUUCAGUUUGGACUUGCGGAACAUAACUAAUUAGAAACUACAGUAAAAACAAACGGUUGAAUGGAUAACGCAUGCACGUUGGAUUGUACGGUUUGUCAUUGAGUCAAGUGGCGUGGUUUCAAUUAUACGUGACAAGAAGUAGGAUCGUCUGUCCAACCUUGUGUGUUUUCUCUGAGUCCUUCGGUUUACUCCCACUGCUAAAGACCCCUACACGCAAGAGGAUUAUUGAAAUAAAUUUGAAGCAUGUUUGUCCCGAAAUGACCUAGUGCACAUUUCUCUCUUUGUCUAGUAUCCAUACUGGAAAUAUGGAUGAAUGAGAAAGGGAUGAGGGAACUUGGGCCUCACCUAUGCAAAACAUCCUUUAAUUAAAACAGCUGAUGGUCAUUUGGGGGAUUUUGAUUAUAAUGUGUAUUUUUUGGACAUUAUCCAAUUUUUCAAGGCUUAUUCUGUGGUAAAAAUGUACCCAGUACUUCUCAGAUACAUGCAAAUAAACAAGAGACAGCAUGUGUGGGUUCCAUAGUCUUGUGGAGAAACAUUUAAAAAGGUGUAUACAAUCCUACAUGCGAGUCAGCAAUAGACCGCGUGUAUGGAUUUCCAAGACUCAAAAGGCGUUUUCAAUUCUACAUGCAAGUUGGCAAUAGACAGCAUGUGUGGGUUUCCAGGAGAUUAUUAGAAUGUAGUAUUUGCACAUAUAUUUUAACCCCCGUAUCAUUUGACCUCUGACCUGUAUGUAAAGAUCAAUGUAUAAAGUAUAACAUAUUUUGUUUGUUUAUAUUAUUAUAUAUAUAUUAAACCUUGUGUAAAAAGAUACAAAAUAGUAUUCAAUAAUUAAUGUCUAAUAUAAAGCUAUCAAACAUA